AUGUCAUCACCCACCUCUCGCAUAGCAGCCCUCGAAGCACAAGCCCGCAAGAACCAAACUAGAAUCGACGAACUGACACACACAAACUGGCUGCUCAAUAAUUACAACGACAAUGUAAUAAAAGAGCUUUUAAACUUUGAAGCAGUGUUCGAUAUUCAGCACACGAGCCCCGGAGACAUAUUGCCAGAGCCACCGCCAAAUCUUGCAAGGCCUCCUGUCCAUACAAAUUCUCUACCAACCCAAGUCUUCCACUACCCGGAGCCGCCGCAGCCAACUCCAUUCUAUAUAGCAGCGCGCGCUUCUCCCCACAUAUCUCUGAGUCUCGUAAUACCAGUGUUCAAAGGCGAAGCUCUCGAACUAGCAGUAAACAGCGUAGAUCUAGUCUUCAUACUACGCCAGGCCCUCCGAAGAAAAGGAUGGGGCGACACCAAUAUUCAACAAGGGGUAUCAGAUUUCCUUUCGCACCCAAUGAUAAAAGUGACAUGGCAAGGAAAAGAGGGAGAAUAUGGAAAUUUGCUGUAG